GAACGUCGUCGUUUAAUGGAAGCGAUUUCUCCUGACUUCUAAUGCUUGUGCCGUGCUUGGCAACCGAAAAACUUGAUUUUGGAAAUGAGAGAUGGAGGAAGAGCUAAGCGGCGUCGUUCCGUGCUCUUCCCUCGCCGUUGAGUCGGUCAUUCGCGUCGGAACGGCAGGUGCACUCUGGGGAUUUUGUUCAGCCCCAUAUGACGGUCGUAAAAAAGGUCUAACUGGCAUCGCUCAAGCUUCAUAUGUGACAAAGUCUGUUGGCAAAUUCGGCUUCCAAUGCGGACUUGUUGCUGGUGUAUUUACCAUGACUCGUUGCGGGCUUCAGAGAUACCGAAGGCAGAAUGACUGGACAAACUCUUUAAUUGCGGGUGCUGUCGCUGGGGCUGCUGUUGCUGCCAGGACAAGAAGCUGGACACAGGUAAUUGGGAUGGCUUGUCUUGUUUCUGCCUUUAGUGCUGCUGCUGAUUUCUCCCGAACAAAUUGAACAUCUAGCAGUGGAAUUCCAAGUUGGGGGAACAAAGUGAUCCUGACUUUCUUGCACCAACCAUCAUCUUUAUGGCACCUGUCUGAUUUUUUUUUCCCCUUGACCCUGCACAUUCCACAGAUGUGUUUUCCAAAAUCUCUAAAUUUCUGAUAUUCACUGUAGAAUAAACUUACACUUUAUGUUUUUGGUAGAUCACUUAGCUGAGUCAUGCAAUCGGUAACAGUGAAUUGCUUCUUAUUUUUAGUCAUUUGUAGGAUUUUGUUAUAUCCUGAUAGUGAGUAGUUGAUUGGCAGAGUCAAAUGCUUGUAUUUUUUUUCUUUAAGUAAGUGGGUGCAAAAUCUCGCCCCUGAUACGAAUCAUUGUCAAUGCUACAUGUUUCUAUUCAAUUUAAAUGAUAAACUAAGGAUUCCACUGAA